CUUACACCCAUAUUCUAAGUCGUUACCUCGAAAGUCCCUCGACUCGAACUCAGUCGAGGAGGCCUCAAGGAAUGACUUGAAAGGAACUCAAGUUUGGUAUUCAUAGUUGUCAGUUUGAGGAAUUCAUGAGGUUCCUCGAAUGAGUGUGAGUCGAGGUAAAACUCAUUAAUUACGUCAUCGUUUCGAGGAAUGCUAACCUUAUUAUUGACGAUUUUUUAUCUGUGGCUUUCAACUUCUUGUGUCAAGUGAUUAGUUCACGACAUUAAAGUUCACGAUAUAUGAUUGCUUUUUUAGUGAAGUGUCAAAUGAAAGCGAACACAUAAAUAAACAAACUUUAACGCAUUUUUUACGUAAUUCGAAUUCCUUAAAUCCACUUGAAAACAAAACCCAUGUUUUGCGCAAAAAAUACUGUGAUAUUUGUGAAGUGGGUGGCUUGGAGAAGAAAAUAUUUUGUUCGCUUCGCAGUAUACAAGUGAAUUCAAUCGUGUGUUGUUCUUAUUGAGAAAUUACUGGUUUAAAAUGGCUGCAACUGGAAGACAGCUUUUUAAUGAAGCCGAAAAGAUUUGUCUGCAGGAGUUAGUACUCAAAUACAAAUUAAAUUCGAUAGCCACAACUAUGGGGAGCGCAGUGGCUAAAAAAAAUGCCUGGCUUCGCCUAACAGAGGAGUACAAUGCCAUAGAAACGAAUUCAAAAAGGACUGAAGCUCAACUUAAAAAAUGUUGGGACAAUUUGAAAACCAGGCGUAAAAGUAUGUUGGCCCUAGAGAAAAGGGAAAGGAUGAGGACUGGUGGUGGUUCCUUUAACGCUUAUACAAUUAGUACCUCUAGCCAAGUCCCGGUACUGGAGGAUGCUCUUGCUGUACAAACAGAUGUGGAGUUGGCAGAUGUAAUCGACAGUGAUAACAUACCUUGUAGUGCAGAAAUCCAAAUUGAUGAUGUGAUGUUGUUAGACACGUCAUCUCAAGUACCAGCAGUUAGUGUUGAGGUUGAACAUGUGUCAGAAAGAGAAAACAUUAUAAACACUCCUCCACGUUUGACAGAGUCCCGGGUGACUGAUUAUAGUGCAGCUCCAUCACAAGGGUCAAGAAAUAUACGGACAAGAGUGAUUCAAGAAGAAUUUCAUAUCCGUCAACAAACAUAUGAAAAAUCUCAGAAAAGGGAAGAGGAGCUGCAUAAGCUCAGAAUAGCUGAGAAGGAGUGGAUGGUGAAGGCAGCAGAGGAGAUUUUUCUCAAAGCCAAAACUGAGAGAGAAGCUGCAGAGGAACUUCUCCACUGCAAUAGAGCCAAAAGAGAAGAGGCUGAAUUAAGUUUAAGAAUAUUUAAAAAUAAAAAUUUUGAAAAUUAAUUUAGUAUUAGGUUGUAUGUAUAUGUUUAUUUCAAUUCUAUUGUGUAAUAAAAAACUUUAUUGCUUA